CUACCCUGUAAAGAAAAUCCCUAUCUAAUCAUUCCACUUAAUUCUCUUAAUAUAAGUGCAUUUCUCUUUAACAACUUAAACCCCCCCACCCAAUUAACACUUUUUUCUUGCUCCAUGGCAUCUUUGAUAAAGUUUGGAUUAACCAUGGAGCUUCUUCUCUUAUCAACAGGACUUAUUUCUACUUUCUUCAUGAUCAAAAAAGCUAUUAUUAGUCCUUAUUACUUAUUUAACAUGUUCUUUGUUAAUUUAAGUGAAAUCUUGAAUUAUUUGAAGAGCUUCUUGUCAUCUCCAUUUUAUAUUUGCAUCUUUAUCAACUCUGUUGUCAUUCUUAUCUUAACUUUCUCCAAAUUUCAACACACAAUCAAGAAAUUCAUUGAUUAUGAUGAGGUACAAAUUCAGCCACAAGCACAUCAUGAAGAAAAAGAGGAGUAUAUGCCAAAUAGAACUAAUUCAGCUAUUGCUAUGGACACCCUUGUGUCUUUCUUCAAUCGCUACAAUUCGCAUCCAGAUAUUCAAGAUGAUAUGCUAACAACAACUACUACUACUACGCCUCAGUCUCAAAUAAGAUGGGGCCGACUAAAGGCCAAACUUGACUGUCCACAAACAACAACUACUACUCUGCCUCAGUCUCAAACUCGACUAAGGGCCAAAGCUAAUAGCGCAAAAACUACUCCGCCUCAAUCUCAAACAAGUUGGGAUCGGGUAAGUGCCAAAAUUGAUAGUCCAUACCUAUCUCAUUUGGCUGAGGCCCGUGAAAUCGUUAGUCCACAUUCAUCAGAUCAUGAGACAUUUACAAGAACCAAUUAUCAUAAUAAUAUUGAAGAAGGGGAAAUAGAGGGUGAUUCAUUAGAGGCAACAUGGAAGGCGAUCACGAAGAAAAAGGAAGUGAAAAAAUCAUUGACAUUUAACGAUGCUUUAUCGAUGUCUCGAAUUGGAGGGUUGAAAGGGGAUAUUUCUGUUAGUACAGAGGAGUCCAACAAGAAAUUCGAUGAUUUCAUUAAGAAAAUCAAUCAAGAGAGGUUACUGCAGAGGCAAGAAUCUGAUCAGCGUGCCCACAAUGUUAAUAUGCUAAAUCGAGCACGAUAAGUGUUUACUAAUUAAAAGAACAGAAGGCGGAGGGGCUUACGAGUUUGGGAGAACAGAGUAGCCUUCGUGAGACUCUAUUUGUUUUCAAAAUUUACUUAAAAUGUAUAAACUCAAAAUUCUAGUCCCGCACAAAAUGGCAAUGAAAGAAAGACUUUUUCAGUUACAAAAAAGAAAUUACAGAGUGUUUACAGCAUUUUCAGGUAACAUAUAUUGUCCAGUUAGUUCUUUGUUAAAAUGUGUGUGUAAAACUGUAAAUGAAUUUUUUUUCAAUAGAACAGUACUCUCCUUUCUUCUA